CCUCCAUCCCUCCAUCCAUCACCGAACACAGACCUUCAUCAUUCCUUCAUCUCUUCAUCCCUCUCACGUCCUCCCCGGCCAUAUCCCAUCCCUCCCACCUCCAUCGGCAGAAUUCUCCUUCAUCAGAAUCUCCGGCUUCUAGCUCGCCUUCGCCAAAGCUCAUGACGGCUUUCGGGCUGACCUGUCAACCGAUUGGGCGUGAACGAAGCUGUUGAUCUUCCGCCGUUUGAUCACCAUCAUUUGAUCCACUGUUGACAUCGCUGUCCGCAUCCGAGGCACACUCAGGCCGGGCAGUGACCAGGGAUAUAGCAAGCCCUAGCAACCUUCGCUUGAAGUUCUGACGACAAUCAUCCUCCAUAUUGCCCAUCUUUGGGCCUGCAUUCUCCCUAUCACCUUGAGCGGCGUUGUUAGUUGCGGAUCUUGCCUUGUCUGGCCUUUCUUAGCGGAACCAUCGAACCACUUUGGCCCGUAGACGAAGACAGCUGGCUGCCACGAGUGCCUCUUUAUCUAUCAAGCCGCAUAAGGCAUCAAAAGUCGACACUGCCAGAUUCCUCACCAGAAUGAUUCACUUACAUUGAGUCAGGCAGCUUUGCAGGUCAUUCGCCAUCUCGGUUCGAAUUCAACAACAAUCUGUCGCUGAUAUUGCUUUGCCGGUGUCCAUUGUAACAACUCUCAGUACCACGGCCACACACACGGCCCACAGUGCUCACCUUCUGAAAACUUAGCUGGAAACGAACAGACGGUACUGGGAGAUGCUAUUUGGGUCGUAUUUGCCUCCACUCCACGGUCGCAGUCAUCACGGUUCUCAUCCUACACUUCCUGGUUGGCCCGUUCAAAGCCAGCCCAACUACCAUCUUUCAUACGACCACCUCACAAACGAGAAACCUGCAUACCUCUACGCUAAUUACGGAUACCAUACCCCGCCUCCGUCCACGCACACAGCUUCCAACAUGGCUACUCCAGAUGCCGACGAGAUGGAACAAUUCCAACGGCUAUCCGACCAAUACCAAGCUGAUCUACCAGGGCCACUUGUCGGAGAGAAGAGACCUCUAUCGGACCUGGUCACUGAAUAUGCCCAGGCCGACCAGGCCUAUGUGUUGAAGACGACGGCGCUAGCUGUCACUCACACUGCAUAUCGCUCCAUCAAAGGUGAUGGGCAAUGUGGUUGGCGAGGUGCCGUGUUUGGCUAUUUCGAGAUUCUUUUACGAUCUGGAGAUCUCGCCCUCAUCACUCAAGAGAAGGUCCGCCUUCUGAGCUUCGAGCAGAUAAUGCGUGCAGUCGGUAUCGACUACGACAUCAUCAUUGAUAUGUUCGACUAUACAUGGGAAUUGUUCGAUGCCAUCAAAACGGCGGUUGGACGAGGAGACAAAAGUGACACUGUCCUUUUGGAAGCCAUGAAUGAACAAGGCAAAUCGGAUUCCAUCGUCUACCAUUUCAAGAUGAUGACGAGUUCGUUCAUGCAGGUUCAGUCUGAACGCUACGAGCCCUUCAUGGACAUGCCAGUCACGCAAUAUUGUCUGACCAGAAUUGACCCUGCCAACCAAGAGAUCGAGCACAUUGGUCUGCAAGCAUUGAAUGACGCUGUCAUUGCUCCGGCGUAUAUUGCACUCGAGGUCUUGUAUCUGGACAGAAGUGCCGGCGACGAAGUCACUCCGCAUAGGUUUGUCGACGAUUCUGAGCACUGGCCUACCCUCCGUUUGAUCUACAGACCCGGUCAUUAUGAUAUCAUCUACAAGGAUGACAAGCCGAUUCAAGUCCUCCUUCAAGCCGAACCGCCCCAAUAUGCGCUACCUUUCAGAGAAGAUGUCUUCCGAGGGGACUCUACGGACUUGCACUCUUUCAUGUUUCCUGGUGCCAACAUCGUUGCUUCCCAACCAUUGCCGAACACGUCGCCAGCUACAUCGAUCAACCCAUACCCCUUGUCCUUUCCACAGCCUCAACCCAUGGUGCCUGAAGACACGACGCUCCUGCCCCGAACACCGUACUUUCCUCCUGCUACAGUGUCUGGCCCACAACGUCAGCGAGUUUAUCAGCCUCCCGCGCACCCUAUCAGAUCGCUUUCUCUUCCAGAUCGAAGCUGCUCUUCUUCGAUGAUUCCGUCACAUUCAGAAACUUCCUUAUCAAGCCUGUCAUGUCCAUCACCAUCUCCGCUCACGCCAUAUCCAAUGGGUAACAUUCCCAAGCCUCAAGAAUAUCAAAUCCGAUAUAACGGAGCCUGCUUUAAGUACAAACUUCAGGGACAGCAAAGCCUUCCUCUAGACCCCGGAUCAUUUGGCAGUUCUGCUCAAAACGCUGCUCACUUUGCACAUGCUGACUUUCAACCUUCAAUAUGGAAUGCAAAAGAAGAAUAUGGCAAGCGUGACGGAAAAUCGCCAACGGCGGACGGUGGUGCUGGUCACUUGAACCUGAACAAGCAUCACACCGGGUGAUAGAAGUCGGAGGUAGGGCCCUAGGGCACAAAAAUAAGACUGAAAAAAGUUCGCAACCAGACGGACUCAAAUACACCCCUGAGGUUUUCAUGCGUCAUACGGUGUCAUGGAAAAUACGCUUCGCCUUGGUUGCUAGCUGCGGCGCAUGGAAGGGAAGCUCGUCUGCAGGAAUGGGCUUUGGAGGGACAUGGGGCAGCUGGACGGGUCGUCAACGUUAUUACUGCCUUCUUAACAUUUCCUAUUUGAUGUGGUGUCGUCAGUCGCUACCACAAUUCCAGCUAUCACGAUGAGUAUGAUGGAAGCAGGGGGAGGGGGAAAAGCCAUCAAUAUCUAACCCGUCACUGUCGUGCUCGCGGACGGACGUAUAUGGUGCUAUCUUGGAGCAAAUGUCUCUUGACGGAGGCAGGUACUGCCAAUUGGUGACGAAACCCCCAGAUGUGAGAGGAAGAAGCGUCAAAAUUUCAAUUCAAUCCAUUCAAUUCAAAUUUCU